CAACAUCGAACUCCAGAUUUGGCCACAAAUCACAGUCCCCUCUGUGUAGUAGCCAGGCCAGAUCCCAGCGUCAGUUGAGGCUCAUGUAGGGUUUGUGGGGAACUGUUUGUGCAACUUCCCAAACGUGCAGGCAACACCAUUUCUCAAUGUAACGACUCACGAUAGGAAGAAAUGAAGCCCAAAGCCGAGUUCCAGUUUCUUGCUGAAGAACUCCAAUGUUACAUUCUGAGCUUUCUUCCCUACCAAGAUAUUCUUCGUUGUACAUCCGUAUGCAAGACCCUUCACCAGACGUAUAUAUUGUCCUCCGAGCUUCAGUACAUCGUUGAACUCGGUGGUCAACGACUGCUCCAUGUCCCAAAUACGAAUCUCGACAACCACGCUUCAGUUUUCCAGCGCCUACAACUGCUGAGAGACAAAGCUCACGCAUGGUUCGGGUUUGACGUACACUCUUUCAAAACAGUCUCUAUACCAGCCCAUAAUAAAAUGUGGGUUGCCAACGGGCAUCUCUGCCUCUGGGAGCGAGGUGGAGACUCGACAACGAUAUUCCCAAUACUACCAAAGCCCUCACAGUACACAAUCGAGCAUGAUCGGUCUCCAACAUCAUUGCGUUCAGAUCCCAAUGCAUACAGCUUUGAUGUUUUCAUGGAUCCAGUGCAAAACCUGAUCGCCAUCGUAUGUGCCACUGUUGAUGAUCAUUUCCAGUGGGAUGACAAGAGGAUCUAUAUCGACCUUGGGGCCCUGGAUGGAGGUGGUAUCCACCCCCUAGCUGCUGGACGGACACUAUUUCUGUCAGAGCUGCCUGAAAUCGAGAACAGUAACACUUCAAGCAACCGAGGGAGUUUCAAACUCAAGGGUUUCGGAAGGCACAUCGCGUUGUGGCGCUCCCUGCGGGUUGUCGAUCAAAUCUUGCCUAGGAGCCUAUGGGGGUUGCAGAUUUGGGACUGGCAACACUCGCCGACAUCCAGUAGUGUCCUCAGUGACACAAUAUACCCAGCGUACGAGGAGCCAAAUGAUUUUUGUUUCCUCGGAAAUGAUAGGUUGCUGAUGUUCAGCGAUACUAUGAAGCUCUAUUCGAUCGAGGAUAUGUCCCAGGCACCGCAAUUACUAGUGUGUUUCUUGUUACCUGUCUCAAUGACGAGCAUACAGUGCAUACAGCCGAUGGAUGAUACUGCACAUAGCUCACGACCGCCGAUGCAAUUCGAACAAACGAUGUGGACCUCAGACCCUAAACAACAACUACUGUGUGUUGUCACACGCUCUCCGAGUCUCGUCUUCAUCAUCUCCACCAGGAUUUUCUUCGGUCCUGACUUCUUUGAAGAAACGCCAACAGCAAUAUCGUGGAAACACUGGGGUCCUUUAAAUGCUCGUGUGUUCCGGUGCCUAUGCGGUGUUGGCGUCGGCAUUGUUGGGAAUCGAGUUUUGCUGCCAUAUCCCACAGAUGACAGGACGGACAUCUGGCAUGUCAUGAAGUAUAGGUUACAUGUGAUGGACUUCAGCCCAUUAGCUGUUGAGCGCCGGCAGUGUCUGGGACGAGUGGUGAAAGAGCCAUCUACGAUAGAAAUCACCCAGCCAUGGUCGGGAGAGAGUUUGGCGGAGAACUUAACGACGUCCCUGCCUUACGUCGAGGUUGUGUUAGACCAGGACAAAAAAUUUGGAUUUCGUGCGUUUGAAAGAAUAUGGAUUGACAAGGACAGAAUUUAUUUUUAUCAUGGAUCGAGUGAGCUCGAGGUCGUUGACAUAGCGCCAAGGGUCACAGAAGCAGCAAAGCCCACUACGUCGUCAGACGACUAGUAGUACAGAUACAAGUCACCUGUACCAUGUGUGUUAAUGAUUUACUAGUGGACCUCUUCUUCAUAUGCCUUCGGGCUGAAGUAGGGCUGGAGUUCGAGGCCCGGUGACUAACUGAGCCACCACGAUUUGCUAUUCUCAAGCCAAUGUCUACAUGUAGCGGCUGGCGCUUGUAAGCGCCAGUGCCCAACUACUUCAGACAGAAUAUCACUUCGAUUUCAAGAGUACAAGAUAGACAUGAUAGGAAGCUUAGUUUGCGUAGACAUCAUCGCUUUGACGCAACCAUCUUUUUUCUGCGUGUUUAAUAU